CUCAAGAUGAAGCUCACCGCCCUUCUGCUCCUUGCCUCCAUUGUGACGGCCUCCCCUACCGUUUACUUCAUCCGACACGGCGAAAAGCCAGCGGAAGGCAAUGGAUUGAAUGCAGAAGGCCAGCAGCGCGCUCAAUGCUUGAGGAGCGUCUUUGGUGCGAGCUCACAGUACAACAUUGGCCACAUCAUGGCACAGACCUACAAGUCCAGUGGUGCCAGAAAGCGCCCGUACGACACUGUCCUACCCUUGGCUCAAGAUCUUGGUCUUACCGUGGACACGUCGUGUGACCGAGACGACAGCGAAUGUGUCAAGGACGUCGUCAAGGGCUACGAGGGCAGCGGAAACAUUCUCAUUUGCUGGGAACACAAACGACUCAACAACCUCGCCAAGGAGCUUGGUGCCAAUGAUGUGGACAACUAUCCCAGUGACAGAUUUGACAUUAUCUGGACUGACCCUCCCAAAUACAAGGAGAUUACUGAGGUGACAUCUGAGAACUGUCCCGGUCUGGAUGAUUAG